AGUGAUACGUCAUCUCUCUGCGACACGUCAACACGCAUUUCUUGAUUUCUUAGCUGAACGCAGUGACAGUCGGCGAAUAUCAAUAAUAAAACUUCCCACAGUGACUCAAAGCUGUUUUUAUGGCAGCAUUCUGAGAAGUGUAGGUGAAAGGGUUGAUUAGAAUCUGUUAUUUUUAAUUUUAUGUUGUGUAUAAUUUGAUUUGAACGGAAGCUGCAGCGGCGCGGAGUCAGCAGCUGCAUGUGUCAACAUUUUUGGGGGCAGACUUUAAUUCACAGAACCAAACAGUCCCAGUCAUUUGUUUAAAGACUAACAGUUCCAGCUUUUAGGCUCUCUGUUGUGGGUGUCAGGAUGAAUGAAGAAGAACUGGUGGAGUAUUUCAGGGCUCAGAUGAGGAAAGACCCGGACAUGGCCUCUGCCGUAGCUGCUAUCCGCACCCUGCUGGAAUUCCUGAAGAGAGACAAAGGUGAAACGAUCCUGGGCCUGAGGGAGAGCUUGACGUGGGCCACAGACUGUCUGACGGGAGUGGACUCCUCUGUGGCCGUGUCCUCCGGAGGAGAGCUCUUCCUGCGCUUCAUAAGUCUCACAUCACUGGAGCAUCAGGAUCUGUCUCGCUGUAAGAAGGUGAUGGAGGAGAGAGGAGAACUGUUCCUAGAGAAGAUCUCCAUGUCCAGGACCAAAGUCGCAAAGCUCUGUCACACCUUCAUCAAAGACGGCGCUAAAAUCCUGACUCAUUCAUACUCCAGAGUCGUCCUCCGGGUUCUGGAAAAAGCUGCAGCUGAGAAGAAACGCUUCUCCGUCUAUGUGACCGAAUCGCAGCCUGACUCAGCCGGGCGACAGAUGGCAGACGCCCUGAGAAAGCUCAAUGUUCCAGUAACAGUAGUUCUGGAUGCAGCGGUCGGGUACGUCUUGGAGAAAGUCGACCUAGUUAUUGUUGGUGCAGAGGGAGUCGUUGAGAGCGGAGGGAUCAUCAACAAGAUUGGCACUUAUCAGACGGCCGUGUGCUCUAAAGCUCACAACAAGCCCUUCUACGUCGUGGCAGAGAGUUUCAAAUUUGUCCGCCUCUAUCCGCUCAACCAACAGGACGUGCCCGAUAAAUUCAAGUACAAAGCUGAUACCCUGAAGACUGUAAAGAACCUGUCGGAAGAGCAUCCGAUGAUCGAUUACACCCCCCCCUCCCUCAUCACCCUCCUCUUCACCGACCUGGGAGUCCUCACCCCGUCUGCUGUCAGCGACGAACUCAUCAAGCUUUAUUUAUAACUGAAAGUCCUCCAAUAAAAUCCAUUUAUCAAAAGGUAAACAAAAGGUCAAAUGUUUAAUUAAAUUCUGCUUUCUACAAGUUGAAUACAGCCGAUCACACAUCCUCAUCCCCGGAGCCGUCGAGGAGCGACGGUUCUUCCGUUUUGUGUUUGGACUUCGUUCCACUUGUUAUCUGUUUCUCAAAGUCCUCCUCGCUGAUUUGCCCUUUCUUUAGUUUCUUGAGGAUGCGAGUGUCAUUUAAAAGCUCCGCCAUGUCUUCGUCGUCCACGUCAGAGCCCUGCAGACACGGAAAAGUAAUAAAUACAAUAAAUCCAGCCCUCGGAUGGUUCUUAUCAAAAUAUUUGAAAUAAAAAUACUUAAUCGGUCGUCUUGGUCUUAGUUGACUAAGAUUAGUCAUGUUUUGGGCUUAUAUUAAUGCUGAAUUACUUAUUUCCAAGAAACUUAUGAGCACAUCUCUGGUAAACACAAGAUUUAAAGUGGGGCUGUUGCAUGAUUCUUUGUGGAGAAACUCAGUUCUACAGAUCUGUUGAUUAAAUCGAGUGUAAGCUCUAGCAAAUACCUCAUUGUGCUUCCUCUUGGCCGAUCUCUUUUUCUUGCGUUCCUUCCUGGUCUUCUGUUUCGACCAGGCCUUAUUCUUGAUGAAGUUCUUUUUUUGAAAGGGGGUGUCGUCUUUCUCUCUCAGCUCAGCGAGCAUCUUCUGCCUCUGCUUCUCCCGGUGCUUGUCCUUGUAGCGGAUGGUCUCGGUGUCUACCGUCGUCGCGGGGAAAUCUGGAAAAUGUUUCCCCCUCAGCUCGGGCAUCUUCGGCAGGCGGAGGAGGGCGAAGCCGCGGGCCAAGGCGGCAAAGUCCACAUCUAGACAAAGAAAUGCAGCACAAAGGGUUACCUUUGUACUUUAUGCAUACUGCAGAAUUGGGUCUAAGAUGGAAAAGUGGCGGUUUUCACCUUUGAUCCUGAAGAUGAGACUGCAUUCGUGUUUGGCGUAGGCCUGGACAAACGAGACGAAGGCUCUCAUGCCUCUGUCGAACAUGGCUCGGUCGGCCAGAGCCAUGGCCUUCACUUUGGGCAGCACAUCCACAACAUCACCUGUGAGGAGCAUCUUCUGCAGCGGGCACUGAGGAAAUGACAAAAGACAAAUAUGUGUCCACUUCAAAUGAUCUUAAAACCUAUGUGGCUAACAUUCCCCUGUCUUUAUAGUACUCAUACUGUAUGUAUACGGACCUAACUGGAGGUAGAACAGGAAUAAAAAGUGAUGGAAAAGAACUCACUUUCUGGUUGAUGGACAAAAAUUUGACAUAGGACUCCUCCAUUGGCAGCAGGAAGACGAGGGCAUUGCCCUGAUUGCCGAUACGUGCUGUACGUCCACAUCGAUGUACAAACGCACUGGGGUGGACGAGACAAAGACAGCAAAAAGGAAAUUAUAGCUGACCAUUUUUAAAUUUGUAAUUGUGAAACCUCUUAAAAUUAAAGAUCAGUCCGCUGCUGAAAAUAGUCCCAAACAAAUGCACCAUUUUCUCCAGUUUAAGAAAAUGUUGAUUAAAAACCACAGUACCCAGCUGUUAGGAAAUGACUGAGCCUCUAAAAACAUAAGCUAUAUAUUUGUGACCUAUUUUAAAUACAUUAAUGAAAAGAUGUCAGUUUUAUCAUAACAAAAACAGUAAUAUAGCAACAUAAUUAGACCCAAUCCUGACAGUUUCAGAGACUAAACUCUGCUCACUCACCUGGCACUGCUGGGAGGAUCAUACUGCAGCACCCAGUUAACAUCGGGGAUAUCGAUACCUCUGGCCAUCACAUCCGUACACACCAAGAUGCCACUGCAACAAAAAACACAAAAAAAUGAAAUACAAGUCAUAAAGUGCCGGUUACACACAACCAGAUAUAUUUUUUCCGGUACACACUGUUUCACCUUUUCAGGGCUCGAAAGUCUGCAAAGAUCUUGUUGCGUUUGUUCUUCAUCUUGCCGUGGAUGCAGUGGACCGUGACCUUCUUGACCAGAGUCUCCAGAGCUCGCCCGUAGUACUCCACGCACGCACACGUACUGAUGAGGAGACAAGAACAAGUCAAAAAGUCAUAAAAAGGCCUUUAAUAAAUAAAUAGUCAUAAUUCUUCUUCCAUUUUGUGAAUUGUAUUCCCUUCCAUGAGCACCGGUUAAAAGCUUUCACAGCUGAUUUAUUUGCCUGAACUAUUAACGAUCCGGCUGUUGACAACCGUUUGGAUUUUACGGACUGAUUUCCCUCAAAGCUGCUCUCAAAAGUUCCGUUAUAAACUGUUGUGAGCGUGUUUUAAUGUAGUAGUAGUAGUAGUUGUAGUAGUAGUAGUUGUAGUAGUAGAAGUAUUUUGCAUGUGGCUAACACUGCAGGCAAACCUUAACUUUACUGCAGAAAAAACAGCCAUCUUACUUUCCGUUCAUCGUAACAUUGUUAAUAUAAUUAACAUUAAUUAAUA